UUUAAUUAUGACAUGAACAUACUUCCAAUUUUAUUAGGACUCCUCAGUCUCUCAUGAUUUCUAUCUAUAAAUACCCGAACUAGUUCAUUGUAAAAACCAAUAUUCCUAUUGUUCUUCUCUGCUAAUUGUAAAAACCAAUAUUCCUAUUGUUCUUCUCUGCUAAUUGUAAAAACCAUAUUCCUAUUGUUCUUCUCUGCUAAUUGUAAAACCAUAUUCCUAUUUUUCUUCUCUGCUAAUUGUAAAAACCAUAUUCCUAUUGUUCUUCGCUGCUAAUUGUAAAAACCAUAUUCUUCUCUCCAGGCUUCUCUGCUAACUACGAAUUAAUUCAUCUCUUCUCUCUACCUUUGAGCUUUCACAAUCCUUUCUCUCCAGGCUUUCAGGUUCCUGCUGCUGAAUUACGUAUAACGAAAGGAGCAACUUUUUCAACUGGCUUUCUGGUUCCUGCCGCGGAAUUACCUGUAACGAACGGAGAAACUUUUUCAACCGAAUCACCCAUUGUUUCAACAAUGGUGUCAAAGGAAGAUCCCGAGUGCACCUUAUACAAAUGGUCAAUGGGUCACUUUGAAUUUACUCCUAUUUUUGGUUCCUACACUGAAUCUGCAAGCAACAAUCCUCCUCUGCCAUCUCUCAGCAACAUGAAUUCGGGAGAGACAAGAAUGAAUGGCUCAUUUAGUUCAAUUAACCCACACAGCAGCAGAUAUUUUCAUUUUCAAAAUCAGCAUGGCACUACAAGCCAAAUUGUAACCGGAAAAGAAGAGGUUUUGGGUCGGACCAAUCCGGACCAAGCAUUUCAAAAACUUGGUUCUUCUCAUGUGAAUAACACUAACACACUCGGGGAUCAAUUCAUAGUGAAUUCACAAUUCCCAACUGCUAGAGUUGAUUAUGGUACCGUUGGAGAAAUUUCGGUAGUUUCACCAAUUCAAAAUGGUUUGACUGUCCGAAAUGGCAAUGAUUCCAAUCUAUGUCCAUACCAUUCUUGUUUCGCCUGUUUCGCUCAGAGAACCCAGCUUGAGAGGCAGAAUGAAAUUGGCAUGGAAGAGGCGUCGAUUCCAACGUAUUUUACCCAGCAAUUUUCGAGACUCGGUUUCAACGAUGAUUUGCCAUUCAACCUUGUUGGGUCAUCAUCCUUAUCUCCCUAUAAGGAUGAGCAUAUAAACCUCUAUAAUAGAUCUGGCUCUGAAAUUGACUGGGGAAUGCCCCGUUCAACACAAACUCCAGAUAAAUCUUUUUUCUUAACAAGUACUAGUAACUCUUUGGAGAAUUCGAGACAUUUUUCAUCUCGAGAUAUAGAGAGAGGGAAUACAGGAAUCUUAACAAGUACUAGUAACUCUUUGGAGAAUUCUUUUUCAUCUCGAGAUAUAGAGAGAGGGAAUACAGGUAAACAAACAUCUCAAGAUCCAACAGCGAAUUCAUCUCGAGAUAUAGAGAGAGGGAAUACAGGAAAACAAACAUCUCCAGAUCCAACAGUGAAUCAGCAUUCUCUUGAAUGUAUCCUUAUGUUUAAGGAUGGUGCUGCAAUGCUUGACUUUGCUUGUAAAAACAAUGGUUCACUUCUCCUGCAAAGCUUCCUAACCGGAGAGGGAGCGAAUAGAGUCGACGAUAUACUUAAACUCCUUCUGAGUUCCAUAAUUGAGCUAAUGUGUUCAGAGUAUGGAAACUAUGCCUUUCAAAGGCUUUUUGAGGUGUGUAACAAUGAUCAAAAGAGAAAAAUUACUCUUGCUAUGUUGAACAAAGGGAACCUCACGAGCAUUGCAGCCGACUCUUACGGGACGCGUUCCUUGCAGAAGCUAAUUGUAAAUCUCAAAGACUCCAAACUUAUCGGCAAGGUGAUGUCUGCUCUUUCUCCUGGGCUUAUAGACCUGAUGGACAAUAAAACUGGCAAGCAUAUUGUCAACCUUUGUAUCGAAUGCCUCAAUCGAGAACAGAACUUGUACAUAUAUAAGUUUUUGGUGGAAAAUUGCAUCGAUUUCUCAUGCCAUCAACAAAGAUACCGAGUUCUUACUAAAUGGAUUGAUAGAUAUAGGGGAGAUUCGGGUGAUCAACUUUUGAUGAAAAUAGCUGAGAACUGUUUGCUCCUUUCAAAGCAGGAAUUCGGAAAUUUUGUUGUGCAGGCAGUUCUUCUCAAUAUUCCGAAUUUCCGAGUAACUAUAAUCAAUAAGCUUAAGGGGAACUUUUUGCAAUUGUCCAUGGGGAAACAUAGUAGCUAUGUUGUCCAAUGGUGCAUUGAAACUACUCGAAGUGCAUGCAUAAUUCAAGAGCUGCUAGCUUACCAAGAUCGCUCCCAGCUUUUCCAUCAUCAACGUGCAAACUAUGUCAUAGCAACAGCUUUGGACCAUUAUGAGGGUGAAGUCCUUGAUGAGCUAGUAAGCGCCAUAGACAAGGAGAACCUCAUAUUCUGUCCCUCUACAUCAGGCAUCCUCAAAAAAUUAGCAUGCAUAAAGAAUGCGAGAAAGAUCCAAAGACAUGAGAUCUUUGGAAGUAGAACCCUUUCAUGUGCAUUCCAGUACAAUUGGAAUAAGCAACGGAUUUUUUGUUCAUAAGUAGAUAAAUCUAUAAUUAUGUACUUGAAAAUGUGAUAUU